GUGCGGUGCUUGAGGCCAAAACUAGGCUCUGUUCGACCUCAUCGUGCUGGAUCCGUUGGCAUAGACUGCUCUCCUUUGCUCAGGAGCUCCCUGUUCUUGUCUCCCAGCUGCUGGUUCCUGCCCCUGUGCAGCCUCCUUGGAAGCUGUUGUGACCCUCUGUGAAGCCACACAAACUGAAGACUGGGGAACUGCUCCAGUUUAAAAAUAACCCAGCAGAGAAACACGUGAAAACCUUUAUUUUAAUUCCAUGUUUCUAGGCUAGCAGGAUUAUUAUUUUUUUAAAAAAAUGAAUUUGCUAGUUAUGCAAUGUUUUCUGAAUAAACUUAAGAAGCUUAACAUGAUCCGUCAUCAACCUUCCAGCUCGUGCCACAGUCUUAUAGUCUGCUUUAAGAACUUGAAAAGCCACGUCAUAUAUCACCUCCUUACCACCAGCCUUUGUCUGUAUUGAACUGUAAUUCAGUGUACUUUAGGGUAGUAUUUGCUACUUGUAGAGGGUCUAGUAUCUGUCACAGCUUGUCUUUUAGUAAGUGACGUUUGCUGAGUGCUGUGCAGCUGAAGGUUUCUUUAGGUGGUGUUUUGGUCCUGCUCAGCAGUCAAACUAAACGUUACUAUAUUUUUUUUUAACCAUGACCUUGGGGUUCACUUGAAUGUCUAGAAAAAAGUGUAAAUUUUCGAGAGAUCUCUUUUUCAGAGGGACUAGAGCCUACCCGAGAGCAAAUAUAUAUACUGCGAGGCAAAAAUUAUACGUGAUGAUGAAUGUUGCUGUUAGGUGCAGUCACGGGGCAUUUUCACUUCUCUAGCCCGGCGUGAAGUCUGCAGUGCUUACUUUGGCUGUGAAGCCUCUUGUGCUGCUCCUACGAUAUUUGGCUGGGGGUAUGUCGUGACUUUUUAGGCCAUUCUGUUCUUUCCUACAUUAAGAGUAUAGUAUUUAGGUAGCUUCUUUGACUUGUAGUGUUUUGUUUUUCCCUGUAUUUCCCUGCUUUCUGCUGUACUGAGCUCCGACUGCUUUGUUCAGGGUUGUGCUUCUCCAGAAAGAAUCAGUUAUGCAUUCCCAGCUGGAUAAGGACUUCUGGCUGGAACGGAUGAGCGUCGUGCCUUUGAGAGAGCCGCCCUGACACCAUACAGAAGCUUAAUACAAAAAUAAAGCUGGGUACUAAGCAGUAGUUCUCGAAAGCCUGGCUAGCUGCUGUCCCUCACCUUGGUGUCAAUAUGGCAGAGCUUCCCCAGUUAAUUAUCAAACGCAUGAUUCCUUAGCCACGUUCUUGUACGUUGGGUGAAACAUCAGAGAAUGGCUGAGGAUUGGAUGGGACAUCUGGAGGUUGGCUGGCCCAAACAUCUGAAGGCAGUGGGUGUCUUGCACGGUCACGGAAUGAGGAGGCCAACCAAAGCUGAAGAGCUCUGCGAUGAGGAUGCACAGAGUGCCUUGCAUUCCUUUGUCCACCCAGCUCUUACAUCAGCCAUCAAGACCUUGUGUUUUAUGAGAACAUCAGCAGAUCUAUGCUGCUGAUUAAUUUCUUGUCUUUUGUGGCUUUUUAAAGCGGGUUUAGGUAUUUUUAAAAGUGACUGAGGUUGACUCUCAUCAAUAUUUGUCUUUGGUUAAGUGCUUGUAGGUAUUGCUGAUCUGAGUUAGUAAUGAAUGGUUGUCUUUUAUUGACCUGGGAAUUAAUACCUUAGUGGUUAAAAAUGUUUGCUCUUAAAUUGAUUCUGAAAAUCCUUUUAAAACCGAUUCACCUAGCUCUGAGCAUAUCUGAUUGCAGUCAUCAGGGGUAGGAGGCACGUCUCUGCAGCAGAUAUAUGUGCAUGUAGUAGGAAAUUCUUUUCUUAGCAAGGCAGUAAUCCCACAGUUUAAAUCCCAGCAAAAAUCAAAGUAGGGUUAACAUUUCAAGGUAGGGUUUUUUUGUUCAGCUUCAAUUUCCAAUAUAAGAUGUACUUGUAUAUUACUUACGAAAGCUUUCUCAUUUCAGUGACAGCUGAUGAGCUCUGGAAAGGAGCUUUGGCAGAGACUGGUGUGGGAGUAAAGAAAGGAAGAGGGAAGAGAAGGAAGAAGAAGCUAAAAAAGAAUCUCAAUAGAGGCCAGGAGAUCGGAGAAGGACGUUCUGGUUUUCUCUGGCCUGGUCUUAAUGCUCCUAUAAUACAAAGUGGGAUGGUACAGACAGUUUCCCAACGAAAAAAAGAAGAACAAGAGAGAAUUCGGUCUGAAAUUCUUCAGCAGAGAGAUACAUGGGAGAAGAGAAGAAAAAUAAAAGUUAAGAGAGAGGGAGGAUGGAGUGGAAAGUGUUGGGGAGGUGUCAUUCUGGAUCCUCCUGACCCAGGUCCUAACGGAGAAACUUACGAAGAUUUUGAAACAAGAGUCAUUGAGGUGAAAAAUGUGUUCUGUAUGAAGGCAAAGGAAGGCAGAAAAAAAUCAAUACGUGCCUUAGUGGCUAUUGGAAAUGGUAAAGGGGCUGCAGGUUUUGCAUUGGGGAAAGCAGGUGACAGGAUGAAUGCUUUACGAAAAGCAAAGAACAAAGCAAUACGCAGCUUACAUUAUAUAGAGCAGUAUCAGAACCACACAAUUUACCAUGACAUUACUGUGAAAUUUAAAAGAACAACCAUCCGCAUGAAGAAGCAAAACAAAGGUUAUGGUCUUCAUUGCCACCGAGCUAUUAUGACCAUCUGCAAACUAAUUGGCAUUAAAGACAUGUAUGCUAAGGUUACUGGAUCCAAAAACUUGAUUAACAUUACCAGAGCUCUCUUCAAAGGACUGACACAACAGGAAACUCACCAACAGUUAGCAAACCAGAAGAACCUCUACGUUGUGGAGUUCCGGGAGGAGCAGGGCCCGCUGCCCAUCGUUGUGGCACUGCCUGAGGGGACCAUCCGAGGGGAUCCUGAGCCCGAAUAUGAUGUUCCAGACACUAAGUUGGAGUGGAGCGAGGUGAAAGUAGCUCAGGGAAUGAAGAAAUCACCCUGGACAAAUGUCAGGCAGAGAGUAUGGUGAAAGAUACAAUACAUCUUUCCCUGCUGCUCAGAGAUGCAGCUAUGAAAGUCCAGCCCAAAUGAGUGGGUUGUCUAAGCUUACAUUUCAGAGGAGGGCACCAGUAGGUCUCAUACCAUUCGUGUUGCUGCUCCCAUUGCUACCAUUCAGUAACACCAUUUGCUUUCCCACAACUCUUCCCACCACAGUCCAGCUAAGGACAUUCAGGAGGAAACAGCCAGUGGACAUGACUUUUACUUCAAGCAUGCAUUUACUUGAUUCCUGAAGAUGGUGUGUCAUGAACAGAUUCUGGGCUUUCCUUCACAAACCCUUGGGAAACUACUGAAAAUAUAAGAUUGUGGAAGCAAUAAAGAAUCCUCAGAAUGA